CCUCUCAGUCUUGUGGGAUUUUUUCAACGUCACGGAGUGUUUCGCGUGUCGGUAGCGGUCGGCUGUGAUAGCUUAAUUUUACAUGCAUCGGGCGUUAACCGUGCCCUCCUAGGAUUUCUACACAAUCAUGACUUUCAUAACGUCGUGGGAAGAAUUUUCGAAAGCGGCCGAAAGGCUCUACCUGGCAGAUCCGAUGAAGGUUAGGUUCAUCGUCAAGUACAGACAUUGCGACGGAAAGGUGCAAGUAAAGAUAACAGAUGAUCAAGUGUGCCUGCAGUACCUCACCGAGCACUCGCAAGAUGUGAAAAGGAUAGAGAAGCUCACCAAUUUACUAAUGAGGCACAUGGCGUCCAAGGAACGGUGAACAAGACUGCUGCCGCAAGGGCAACACGCCUGUACAGUCGAUGCCACACUAGCAGUGAUGGCAGUGUGGAUUUUCUUGGCUCCGAGCAGAAUGUCGAGCUACGAUUUCGGGGCAAUUCCCUCAUCAUACUUUGGUAAUCAAGACCAAGGGCGUUUUGCACUCAUUCAUUCUAACCUACACAAUUUUUUUUUUUUUGCUUUGACAUUAUUCAUUAACCACCGACAAAUGCCUUGAAGACAAGUGUCGCGUGUACAUAAUCCAGUCUCUCUCAAACCGUCGUGACUAGGAAAUGACUGUGCGGGGAAAACUGCCCUCAGAGUGUGGGUGGCAGUUUUUUUUGUUCUUAUUUAGGCAUGUGGUAUUACAACUGUGACGCAUUUAUGAGCAUUCUGUUGGUAUUGUGUGUGAAGCUCAUGGUUACUGAAACUGUGCUGCAGUACUUUAAAACAUAAACAAUGUUAAUGCAAAAAAUGUUUCGAAUGGUGCACGCUGCGCCGCGACAGAACUUUUCAAAUAAAUUUUCGUAUUUCGAAACCACU